CUCCUUAAUCUUCUUCUUCACUGUUGUUCUAUAAAUGAAACCAUCAUCUUAAAAAAGGGUGUUCUUUCUGUGGAUGAAAAUGGCUUUCAAUUCUUCAGUUCUUUUCGAUUCUCUUUAUUGUUCGGAAGAGAACUGGGGGCAAGACGAAGAGGCGAAAGAAGAUUUCUUGGUUGAAGCAGACGAUGAACUUUCUGGGAACCCUUUUCCGGUCUUGUUUGAACAUGACUUUUUCUGGGAAGACGAUGAACUUUCCUCGUUACUCUUAAAGGAAGAGCGGAAUCAACUGUUUGACACCCUUCAAACCAAUGGGAAUCUCGCCGGACCUCGCUUUGACGCCGUUGAAUGGAUGUUGAAAGUCAACGCUCACUAUUCCUUCUCCGCUCUCACAGCCGUUCUCGCCGUUAAUUACUUCGAUAGAUUAUUGUUUAGCUUCCGGUUCCAAAGCGACAAGCCAUGGAUGACUCAACUAGCCGCUGUUGCUUGUCUUUCUCUGGCGGCCAAAGUGGAAGAAACCCAAGUGCCUCUCCUACUGGACUUACAGGUGGAGGAGAGCAAAUAUGUGUUCGAGGCCAAAACUAUUCAAAGAAUGGAGAUUUUGGUACUCUCUACACUUCAAUGGAAGAUGAACCCUGUUACUCCAAUUCCUUUUCUUGAUUACAUUGCAAGGAGGCUUGGGUUAAAGGGUCAUUGUUGCUGGAAAUUUCUUCGGAGAUGUGACCAAAUUUUGCUCUCUGUCAUUUCAGAUUCAAGGUUUUUGUGCUUCCUCCCUUCUGUAAUGGCCAUUGCUGUAAUGCUUCAAGUCAUGGAUAUUGAACUAGAAUUCCAAAACCAGCUUUUGGGCAACCUGGGAAUUGAUAAGGACAAAGUGGAUGAAUCCUGUAAGUUGAUAAUGGAAUUGGCAAGAACAAGAGUUGAAGGCAACCGAUCAAACAAGCGCAGGUUCAGCUCGAUUCCGGGUAGCCCAAUUGGUGUGAUGGAUUUUUGCUUUAAUUCCGAUAGAUCGUACGAUUCGUGGGCAGUUUCAUCGUCUUCAUCACCUGAGCUUGUCUCCAAGAAGAUUAAGACUCGACAAGAACAGUUCCUGGAAAGGCUAGACCAUGCUCCGUCAGAUUUUCUCGGCAAUUCUCACUAAUUUCAAUCUUCAAUUUCUCACUUUGUGAUAAUAUUUCUGUUCUUUUGUUUGUUUUUUUUUUCAUCGAGAUGCAAGUUAAAUUGCUUUCCAUCUCUGCUUUUUUCCAACCAUAACAUGAUUUGAGACAAAUUUCAGUUUCUGAAAUUCAAAUGUCUCUUUAGGUAGUGAUUGGUUGGUGAGAAAAUUUACAAGUAGAGAUGGCUUGCAUUUUAUCCCGAAUAAAUUUACCAAAAAAAA